UUCGGCUUUUCAACAGUUUAAACUGUGGACUGCUAAAUCUCUGCUUGUGUUGUAGAGGUUCUAACACCGGGGUCACAAGAAAACGGAUAAAAUUACCUCAGUAGGAUAAGAUGUCCUCAGAUGAAAGGGAGUUGAGCAGUCCACACCUACCUAUAGACUCAGACAAGGGCAGCUCAGUAUCUUCUGAUCUACAAGAAGAGUAUGAAGACCUGCUUCGCUUUGCUGUAGUCACUCCGAAGUAUAAUCCAAGUAUCCCAUCACAACCGAUGAGCAGCUCGUUUUCUUUAAAAGCUGCCCAGAAUCCCAGUUCGAUGGAUCCUGCACGACUUGAGCCAGUUGAGGAUGCCAGAGGAAAUGGGAGACAAUCAUCACAUGAGGAGAUUUUAGCCACCUGUGCUCUGCAGUUAGAAGGAUCCCAACCACAGAGUCAAGUUUCUGAAGGGGAGGAUGUGGAGUCCAGGUCUGACAGAGGAUCAGAUGGAGCACAUUCUGACCAAUCUAUGAGGAGAGGCCCUGAUCAUGUGAUUGACAUGAUGACUGAGAUGUUUGUGUCUGAGGAGAACCUGAAUAGGAUGGAGGACAUUUUGGACACGUGGAGCAACAACUUGAAGAGUAAUGUGAUGACAGAGCUACGGAAAUGGAAACUGGCCUUUGUGGAGCAGUACAGAAUGGAGAUGAAGAAGGAGAGGGAAAAACAUGCUGCUCAUAUAGCAGGCAUUAAUGCAGAGAUGGACAGCCUCAAAGACCUGCUUAAUACCUACCAGAUCUCCAAUCAACGAAAAGAUGAGGUGAUCAUGAAUCUGACACGAGCAGUUGACAGGCAGCGGGAGCGGCUGGAGCUGAUGAGGAACUUCACCCAGUGGAGACUCCAGCACUGUGCUGCCAAAGAGGAGGCUCAGGCGAGCAGGCUGGCAGAGCAGCACUACCAGCUGCAGUUAAAGAAGAAGGUGUGGGCUGCCUGGCACUCACUCAUUGAAAGAGGAUGGAGGGAGAGGGCAGAGCGUGCCUGUCGUGCGCGUGCUGAAGAGGUCUGCAUGCAGCUCUCUGCUGACUAUGAGGCUAAACUGGGAGAGCAUGUGGAGGCGCUGCAGAAAGCCCAAGCUGAGAUCCAAAGGCUACACAGAGAGAGAGAGCGCUAUGAGGACUCCAUGAAGAAGGCAUUCAUGCGUGGUGUCUGUGCUCUUAACAUAGAGGCACUCAGCAUGUUCAACACUGCAGAUACAGGCAGACAGGAGCAUGAUGCACCAUCCUUAGGAGAAGAACCCAGUUCUAGCUCGAUGGCCAAUCAUCCGCUCAUUACUGCAUCUUCAUCCCGUAUGAGCCCAAUCAGUGUGGAGACUCCAGUGCAGCCAGUUCACCCCCGCACUAACGCAGAUGACACAGAAGCAGAUCAGUUUAUCUCUCAGCCAGGCUGCAGUACAGCAAACAACCGGACAGAUGCACUGCACUCCACUACAGGAGUGAACACCGCAGCACCUGGAGGCAUCGCAAGUUCCCUUCGACAGUUUCCACAUACAAAUGUACGGACAGUAACUGCUGGUCAACAGAAAGCUUCAAAGACAGUGACCGCACGUAUCACGGGACGUUCAGAGCUGGCUAAAACGGGCCGUCACCAUGGCAGCCUGCACGUCAUGGGUGUGGCUCCGCCCAUGAGCUCUAUUGUUGUGGAGAGACACCAUCCUGUCAGUCAGGUCACCCUCGGUCAGGCAACAGCUGCCAAGUUCCCUCGCUCUGCUUUACAGAGUCACACCGUGUCCAGUACUAAAAGCUCCAGCCAGCCCAGGGGACAGCCAUCCUCCACACUUCACAUCCACUCUAUUAAAGUAGUGGACUAACACACAUACACAAAUGUACUGUACACCAACCUGUCAUGCCAUCUCAUAAAUGAGUCACACAAGCCAUUUACACAGGAGUGAUGUAAAAUAAAAUACAUUUUUGUGCUAUAGCUAAAACCACUUUUAGAAUCAGGGCUUCUUGUUUUUGAAAGUUUUAUAUGUUGUCCAUUCAUGUUUACGUUACAUUUUAUAGUGACUUAAACAUUUUUAAUGCUGUAAUCUAUUUUUAUACUAAUGAGCAUCUAAUUAAAUGUGCCAUUUAAUUAAAUUAUGCCUUUUUUUGGGGG